GUGAAUGGACAGUGCCGGAGAAGUCCUCGCGUGUCGCGCGGGCUGAAUCGCUGAGGGAGGGGGCGUGUGUGCGCAUCCGCACCCGGCGGACGCGAGGCAUCUCGCAUCGGCUCGUGAUCUCCACGAGGCGGCUUUUUCGACGGACCCCUUCGCGCGGAUCGUGGAGGAGUACCUUUGCCGCGCGGCGUGCAGAGCAACCGACAGCGUCGCAGAGCCGAGCAGAGCCCAGCAGAGCCGAGCCGAGUCGAGCAGAGCCUCCUCGCGCUGGAUCCAGUGUCGCCGAGCAUCGCCGCGCUCCAUGUGGAUGUAUUCUGUCAAAAACCGAGGUUCGAGAAGAAGGAGGACGGCGCCGGUGUGAUCGCGUUCGAGUGAUCAGAAAAGAGGCACAAAAUAAUAAUACAUCAGAACAGCCCCCUUGGUGCCAGAGAAGAAACAUGUGAAGGACUUGGCAGGGGUACUAACUGCAAAAGAAACCUUUGAGAAAAGAGAGGGAGGUGUCCUCUUCCAAGUGCUUUACCCAACGCUUUUGUUUUAUCCGUUGCUUCUGGCUGGACACAUUGAAACAUGGAGGGCAAGUCAGAGUCACGCAGAACUUUUGUAGUUAAGAGGUGGUGGUGGCUGUUGUUCCUGGCUUUCCUCUCUCCAAAAGUGGGCGGUGGCCAGCCCUUUAUCAGCUUUCACCCUGAACGCCGGGAAUGGGCCUUCAACCAUCUCACCGUUCACCAGAAAACUGGGGCGCUCUACAUUGGUGCUGUGAACCGGGUCUACAAGCUCUCAGGGAACCUGACACUGCUGGUAUCCCAUGACACAGGCCCCGAGGAUGACAACAAGGCCUGCUACCCACCGCUGAUCGUGCAGCCCUGCUCGGAGCCCCUUGUGUCCACGAACAAUGUGAACAAGCUGCUGCUCAUCGACUACUCGCAGAAUCGGCUCCUGGCUUGUGGCAGCCUAUACCAGGGUGUAUGCAAGCUGCUGCGGCUGGAUGACCUCUUCAUCCUGGUGGAGCCCUCACACAAGAAGGAGCACUACCUCUCCAGUGUGAACGAGACAGGCACCAUGUUUGGAGUGAUUGUUCCCUCGCAGGGACAAGACGGCACGCUCUUCAUCGGCACAGCAGUGGGUGGCAAGCAGGACUACUUCCCGACCAUUUCGAGCCGCAAGCUACCCCGUGACCCCGAAUCCUCGGCCAUGUUGGACUACGAGCUCCACACUGACUUUGUCUCCUCGCUGGUGAAGAUCCCAUCGGACACACUGGCACUAGUCUCCCACUUCGACAUCUACUAUGUGUAUGGCUUCGCCAGCGGGGCUUUUGUCUACUUCCUGACUGUCCAGCCGGAGACACCGGAGAACAACAUGCCAUCUGGCGGCUCACCUGGCGACCUCUUCUAUACAUCCCGCAUCGUUCGCCUUUGUAAAGAUGACCACAAGUUCCACUCUUACGUGUCCCUGCCAGUGGGCUGUGUGCGCAAUGGGGUUGAGUAUCGUCUCCUGCAGGCAGCCUACCUCGCUAAGCCCGGUCGGAUACUCGCCGCUUCGCUCAACGUCAGCGCCCAGGAUGACGUGCUCUUUGCCAUCUUUGCCAAGGGUCAGAAGCAAUACCACCGACCACCUGAUGACUCGGUGCUGUGUGCUUUCACCAUUAGGGACAUCAAUGCCCGCAUCAAGGAGCGACUUCAGUCCUGCUACCAGGGCGAAGGCAACCUGGAGCUCAACUGGCUGCUGGGCAAGGAUGUGCAGUGCACCAAGGCGCCCGUGCCCAUCGAUGAUUCGUUUUGCGGCCUGGACAUCAACCAGCCCUUGGGUGGCUCACAGCUAGUGACAGGCCACACUCUGUACACCGAGACCCGGGACCGCAUGACCUCGGUGACCUCGUACAUCUACAACAGCUAUUGCGUCGCCUUUGUGGGCACUAAGAGCGGCCGCCUCAAAAAGAUCCGGGUGGAUGGCCCCCCUCAUGGUGGAGUGCAGUACGAGACGGUGCAGGUUAUCCAGGACGGGAGCCCCAUUCUCCGUGACAUGGCCUUCUCGCUGGACGGCAGGUUCCUCUACGCCAUGUCCGAGAAACAGGUGACCCAGGUCCCCGUGGAGGCGUGUGAGCAGUACGGGACAUGCGGCGAGUGCCUGAGCUCAGGAGACCCCCACUGCGGCUGGUGUGUCCUGCACAACACGUGUUCCAGGAAGGACCGCUGCGAGCGCGCGGAUGAACCAUUCCGAUUUGCUGCCGCUCUCAGCCAGUGCGUGAAGGUGACGGUGUAUCCCGCCAGCAUCGCCGUGUCCGAGCCCAGCGUGCCGCUGCUACUGAAGGUGAGUGAUGUGCCGGACCUGUCUGCAGGCAUCACCUGCUCCUUCGGGAACCUUACAGAGGUGGAGGGUAUUGUCAGCGGCAACCAGAUCAUGUGCGUGUCCCCUGCUGCUAAGGACGUCCCCAUGAUCCCCACCGAUCAAGACUGGUUCGGCGUCGAGCUGCGGCUGAACUCCAAGGAGACGGGCCAGAUGCUGACGAGCACCGAAGUCAAGUUCUACAACUGCAGCGUGCAUCAGCUGUGUCUCUCCUGCGUGAACAGUGCCUUCCGCUGCCACUGGUGCAAGUAUCGCAACCUGUGCACCCACGACCCCACCAGCUGUUCCUUCCAGGAGGGCCGAGUGAACGCCUCCGAGGACUGCCCCCAGCUGGUGCGCUCGGAGGAGAUCCUAAUCCCGGCAGGCGAGGUGAAGCCCAUCACGUUGAAGGCACGGAACUUGCCCCAGCCACAGUCUGGCCAGCGGGGGUACGAGUGUGUGCUGAACAUCCAGGGUGUGUCUCACCGCGUCACCGCCCUGCGCUUCAACAGCUCCAGUGUGCAGUGCCAGAACAGCUCGUACCUGUACGAGGGGAUGAAGAUCAGCGAGCUGCCGGUGGACUUCUCAGUAGUCUGGAACGGCAAUUUCAUCAUUGACAAUCCAGAGAACAUCCGAGUGCACCUGUACAAGUGUGCAGCACAGCGGGACAGUUGUGGGAUGUGCCUGAAGGCAGAGAGGAAGUUCCACUGUGGCUGGUGCAGCGGGGAGGGCCGCUGCACGCUGCGGCAUCACUGCCCAGCGCCCACCCACGCUGGCCGAUGGCUCGACCUCUCCAGCAGGAACGUCAAGUGCACCAACCCGCGCAUCACCGAGGUUACCCCCAUUUCUGGGCCACCGGAGGGGGGCACCCGAGUGACCAUCCAUGGCAUGAACCUGGGCCUGGCCUUCUCUGAGCUGGUGGGCAAUGUGGAAGUGGCGGGGGUCCAGUGCACACCCAUUGAGGAUGGCUACAUCAUUGCGGAGCAGAUUGUGUGCGAGAUGGAUGCAACGCCCCACGGGAGCAAGCCUGGUCCGGUCAGGCUGUGCAUCGGGGAGUGCAAACCAGAGCUGCGAACCCUCUCCGCCCAGCUGUACUCCUUCGUGAUGCCGUCCGUAGUGGGACUGUCCCCCAGUCGCGGCCCCGAGUCAGGAGGUACCAAGGUCACGAUCCUCGGGGAGAACCUGGGUGCCGGGAGCAGCGUGUCCGUCCUUUUCGGCAACCAGAGCUGCGAGUUCUAUGGGAGGACCAUGACGGAGAUUGUGUGUUACUCCGCCCCCUCUGUAACGGGCGUGGGCUCUGUACAGAUCAGCGUCAGCGUGGACCGCGCUCGUGUGAAAGAGAGCCUGACUUUUGAGUACAUCGACGACCCGACCGUGCAGCGCGUGGAGCCCGAGUGGAGCAUCGCCAGCGGACACACCCCCUUGACGGUGACGGGGACCAACCUGGAUGUGGUGCAGGAGCCUCGGAUCAGGGUCAAAUAUGGUGGUCGUGAGUCCGUCAAUGUGUGUAAAGUGUUGAACGCCACCACCAUGAGCUGCUCCGCCCCCUCCCUGACGUCUGAAUAUACGCCUGGGCAGGACACGGUCAAGCAUGUCGAAGAGUUCGGCUUCAUCUUCAAUAAUGUGCAGGCCCUGCUCGUCUACAAUAACACCAACUUCGUCUACUUCCCCAACCCCUACUUUGAGCCUCUGAGCACCUCUGGGGUGCUGGAGCAGAAGCCGGGAUCCCCCAUAAUCCUCAAGGGGAGAAACCUGGUUCCCCCAGCGCCAGGAGGUGUCAAGCUGAACUACACAGUGCUGAUUGGAGAAACUCCCUGCUCUCUCACUGUCUCAGAGACCCAGUUGCUGUGUGAGCCACCCAACCUCACGGGGCAGUACAAAGUACUGGUCCAGGUGGGCGGCCUGCAUGUCUCCCCCGGGGCAGUGCACAUCCUCUCAGAUAGUCUGCUCACCUUGCCGGCCAUCGUGAGCAUCGCUGCCGGCGGCGGCCUGCUUCUGAUCAUCGUCAUCCUCGUGCUCAUCGCUUACAAGCGCAAGUCACGAGAGAACGAUCUCACUCUGAAGCGUUUACAGAUGCAGAUGGACAACCUGGAGUCUCGCGUUGCCCUGGAGUGCAAGGAAGCAUUUGCCGAGCUUCAGACAGACAUCAACGAGCUCACCAGUGACCUCGACCGUGCUGGCAUCCCUUACCUGGACUACCGCACCUACGCUAUGCGGGUGCUCUUCCCAGGCAUCGAGGACCACCCAGUGCUACGGGAGCUGGAGGUCUCUGGCAAUGGGCAGCUGAACGUGGAGAAGGCUCUGAAGAUGUUUGCCCAACUGGUAAACAACAAGGUGUUCCUGUUGACGUUCAUCCGCACGCUGGAGAUGCAGCGCUCCUUCUCAAUGCGUGACCGCGGCAACGUGGCCUCCCUCAUCAUGACCGCGCUACAGGGUCGACUGGAGUAUGCCACCGAUGUGCUCAAGCAACUGCUCUCUGACCUCAUCGAGAAGAACCUGGAGAGCAAGAACCACCCCAAGCUGCUGCUGCGCAGGACGGAAUCUGUCGCCGAGAAGAUGUUGACCAACUGGUUCGCCUUCCUACUCCAUAAAUUCCUCAAGGAAUGCGCAGGGGAGCCCCUGUUCAUGCUGUACUGCGCAAUGAAGCAGCAGAUGGAGAAGGGUCCCAUCGACGCCAUCACUGGAGAGGCUCGCUACUCCCUGAGUGAGGACAAGCUCAUCCGCCAGCAGAUCGACUACAAGACCCUGAUCCUGAACUGUGUGAACCCCGACAAUGAGAACAGCCCAGAGAUCCCUGUCAAGGUGCUCAACUGCGACACCAUCACCCAGGUGAAGGAGAAGAUCUUGGAUGCCGUCUACAAGAACAUGCCCUACUCCCAGAGGCCACGUGCCGUAGACAUGGAUUUGGAGUGGCGUCAGGGACGAAUGGCACGUGUGGUAUUACAGGACGAGGACAUCACCACCAAGAUUGAGAAUGACUGGAAGAGGCUCAACACCCUCAUGCACUACCAGGUGUCAGACCGAUGCGUGGUGGCGCUGGUGCCCAAGCAGACAUCUUCCUACAACAUCCCCCCAUCGGCCAGCAUCUCCCGCACUUCCAUCAGCAGAUAUGAUUCCUCCUUCCGGUACACAGGCAGCCCCGACAGCCUGCGCUCCCGCGCUCCCAUGAUCACACCUGACCUGGAGAGUGGAGUGAAGGUCUGGCACCUGGUCAAGAACCACGAGCAUGGUGACCAGAAGGAAGGUGACCGUGGAAGCAAGAUGGUGUCAGAGAUAUACCUGACCCGCUUGCUGGCCACCAAGGGCACACUGCAGAAGUUUGUGGACGACCUGUUUGAGACACUCUUCAGCACGGUUCAUCGAGGUAGUGCUCUCCCUCUCGCUAUCAAGUACAUGUUUGAUUUCCUGGAUGAGCAGGCCGACCGACAUGGCAUCCAUGACAUGGAUGUGCGUCACACAUGGAAGAGCAACUGCCUCCCACUGCGCUUCUGGGUGAAUGUGAUCAAGAACCCGCAGUUUGUCUUCGACAUCCACAAAAGCAGCAUAACGGAUGCCUGCCUGUCAGUAGUGGCCCAGACCUUCAUGGACUCCUGCUCUACCUCAGAACACCGGUUGGGCAAGGACUCACCAUCCAACAAACUGCUCUACGCUAAGGAUAUCCCGAACUACAAGAGCUGGGUGGAGAGGUACUAUGCCGACAUCAGUCGGCUGCCCGCCAUCAGUGACCAGGACAUGAAUGCCUACCUGGCAGAGCAGGCCCGCCUGCACUCGAGCGAGUUCAACAUGCUAAGUGCACUCAAUGAGAUAUACUCCUAUGUCAGCAAGUACAGCCAGGAGAUCACGACAGCACUGGAACAGGAUGAGCAGGCCAGGAAGCAGCGGCUGGCAUACAAGGUGGAGCAGCUGAUCAGCGCCAUGUCCUUAGAGAGCUGAGUUGAGCGUGGGGAAGAGGUCGUUGGACCACAGGAAGGAGAGGACUGGCCACCCUUGCCUGAGUCCCGGCAGGAAGCGUUGCCGGCUCAUUUUUAAUGAAAAACCUAACAAUAACACUUUCUUUUUAAAGGGUGUCUCA